UGGGCUGCCUCUCUCCUCCGUCAGUCACUGCAGCGCAGGCUUGCGGCGUGUGUGUCAACUAUCUGUGACGGUGUGACUAUUGUUGUUCCUCAAUGGAAGGUGACCUGUGAUUGUUACAGUUCGUGGAGCUUACAAUAACAACCGAAUGACAGGAAAUGCUAACCAGUUUCAAUUGAAGCAACGUAUCAGGAAGACAAAAUAGCGUUGUGGUAGAUAAGGUGAUAAAAAUCGGAAACCAGUGUCGAUAAAAGUGAUAAAAAUUGUAUGAUUGUGCCUUUUAAACUGGAACGAAUCACAAAGACACAUUAUCUUUGCCGUAGAUACAAACCAGAAACGGAGUGGAUAAAAAUUGAUACAGAUCAGAUGUUAGCAGCUUCUAAACUGGAAACCGUCUAAAUAAAACGUGAUAAAAUUAGAUUAUGAAACUUCUGUUACGGAAAGUGUAGAUAAAAAGUGGCAUCUGAUUAUACAAUUUAUCAUAAAGAAAAUUACAGAAACAAAUACAAGCAAAAAGGAAAAAAGUAGCCGAAGAGUUUUCGUGGAACUAGCGAUUUAAAAUAUUAAACCAUUUAAUUCUGACAAGAGCGUAAUUAAACAAGACAACAAGAAACAAAACCCACUGCAAUUCAUGGUACAUUUCCCUGGCCCUUGAAGCAAGAAAUUGGUGGAGAGAAAUAUCUGGCAAGAAUUGAAUUUUGUUCCUUAUAUUUUAAACGCGAUCAUUCACAAGAAAAUGUUCUCAUUAGUGUUUGUGAUAUGAAACACAUCUCAAAAUUCACGAUAAGUGUCCAACAUUUAAUACUUAAAUAUAUAUUUAAUUGUGUUUGUAUUACAACAGAAAACAAGUUGUGACUAUUAACGUGUAAGUCCAUGUGAUAGCUUCGGUCGCACUCACCUGAAUAUGGAGUUUAUCUCAGUGUGCCAGGGGAAAUUAUGCAAAGGGAAGCCGACCUGUCACCAGUCACUGACUUGCCAACUGAAGACAGUUCAACUGUGACCAGAGUCGCCCUUGCUGAAGACGAAUCAGUUCCGAACACGAUGACCGUGAAAGAGGAGGCGGAAGCUGAAGACGAUGACGAGCAGCAGAUGAUGUGUGACAGCCCGGUGCUGCCGUCUGUGGAGGCCUCCUCAGGGGGCGAACAACACCCGAAUACUGUGGAGCACGGACCACACGAGAUCAGCCCUGUGACAGAGGAGAGGCUACCAGAGUCGCCCACGAGUGUUGUGAGUUCUCCCUCGGUCUGUUCCCCCCAGAGGCAGCAGACGACAGAGAAGGUGAAGAACAGAGGUCGCCGUCGAUCGCGAUGGAAACUGAAGUUUCAUCACCAGGCUCUCCCCCCUGAGUACCUGGAUCAUUACGAGGCCUCCAUGGCACAGCAUGAGGCCAACAGGGGCACAGGUUAUAAGCAGAAUGCCUCCAUUACUGAGAAAACAGUAUCAGGUGCCAGGUCAUCUACUGACAAAACAGGGUCAUCAGUUGGUGAGAAGUCAGCCAAGUCACCUAUCAAGUGUCUCCCUAUCAAGACCGAGCCUGAAAACCAGUCUGUGCAAUUCCCCACCGCCCCUCCUCUUGUCUUAAACACAGCCGGCACCCCAGGAGAACAACUGAGACUCAUACCUCUGCAGACUUUAGGACUGGGUGGGGGUGAAGGCGAUAUUAUGGCAAAGCUGCAGAGUGACUUCCAGAGGCACAGUGUGGACGAUGAAGUCAGUAUCAUCAAGGAGAGAAGACCAGCGGUGAAUCUCAGUGGGAACAAAUGUGCGCAGCAAGGCAAAGGAUUGUUAGGAUCUCUGUUAUCAGAGUCGGCAGGUGACAGCAAAAGUGUCCCUCCACUGGACAGCAUCAAGAGACGGUCUUCUGUAAUCAUGUCAUCCUCUUCAGCAAAUUGUAACAGCAUGAGGAUGUCCACUCCAUCAACUUCACAACAACACAAUCCAAGUUGCACGACGAGCAAAGUGAUGAAGUACCAAGACCUGCCCUACAUGGGUGAGAUAACUCUAGACAACAUGAAGCCAAGGCGAGGUAGAAAGCCAAAGAAGGCAGAUAUCUGUCACCUCAUUUACAAAAAUUAUGGUACCAUAUUUCCUGGAGCUCCUAACAGCAACAUUCUAACCGAGACAGAGGAACAAGGCACCAACAAACGGCGACUUCAGCAAGAAAGUUCACAACAAGUGAUACCUGCUGCAAAGGCAAAGCCUGAAGUGUCAUCCAUCACACCAUCAGGAAUCAAGUGCCGGGCCAUAGAGUCUUUACGGGGAGAAGGUACUCAAAUCAACCACGCUGAUGUGCAGAACAGAAUCAUCAGCAGUCUGUUGGAGAGGAGGCUUACUGCUGCAACACUACAAGAUGCCAAUAGAAAGAACCUGUUUGGGAGCCUGCAUGACUUGAACUACGGUGGCGCAUGGAACAAGAGAACCACACCUGUGCCGCCAGUCUCGCCCUCGCCUACGGCAUCUUGCAGUGAUGAGCCACUGAAUCUCUGUGUAAAGGACCUGAAUCAACUGAAGAUAAGACUCUUGAGGAAACAUGGCAACUUUUAUGAGCCUCGCACUUCCACCGUUACAACAAACAACACAAGGCCAGGGACAUCUCCUGCGUCCAUUAAGAGUGAACCUAACAAUAAUUCAUCGUCUAGUGACAUGGAAGAGUUACUGGAAGUCAGUGAUGAGUCCCCAAAGUUUGCUGGUACACCCGAUGGCAGUAGAAACCAAACCCCGGUUCGAACAGUGGGAUCAGCAGAUCCAUUCCCUCCAACUAUAGCAGGACUGACAUUCCCCUCACCACCUGACUUCCAGGUCCCAGGAACAACUCUGCCAGGUGGCUAUGUAUACUGGCCAGGCACAGGAGUCUUUGUUCAUCCCAUGGCCUUACAGUCACAGCUCCUGUACUACCAGAAGCUUGGAGCAAUACCUGUAGUUUCUAUGUCACCCACAGAACAACCCAUCUCAGGCCAAACAUUCAUCCCUACUACUCCACUUCCGAUCUCUCAUAUCACACCGGCGCCAAAUGUUCCGCUGCAACAACAUGUAAAUACUAAGAUGAUAACUACACAUCCUAAACCAGAACAAAAACGGGUAUCAACUCCCACCAAUCCCAAAAAUAUAAUUCCAAAGGUUUUUUCUACAAUGCUCAGCCCACCCAACUCUGGGAAACCUUGUGGGGUGAUGCCCUCAGAGUUGACAUUCCCACGUAUGAAACGGCUGGCUCCUCUGGGAAACCCCCCUCCAACUGCCGGAAGCACCGGUGCCAAGAGGAAGCGAUCAGCUAUAUUUAUUCCUCCGAUGCCAAGUGAAAACAAUGCAAAUCCCACCACAGAAGUGAGCAUCUGUAAGUUCAAAUUUACUGGUGGCGCAAAACCCAGUCUGCAGGAGAAGAAGAUGUUAUCAGUGGAUUCUGGAGGUAAUUUCCGCUACUACAGUGGCACGGGUGAUAAAUCAAUGCGUGGAUAUGAAUUCUUCCCAAGAGAAUCUCUCCAACAGUCUGCAGGAGCUGGUGGCGGAUCCCCUUCUGAGCAUUUUUUGGCUGCAGCUUCAUCUGCAAUGGCAGGAAAUGAUAAGAUGUCUGCCGUUUCUGCUAUACCAGGAAAUGUAUUACGAGACAGUGCUUUAUCUGGGGGGUUCCCCCUGGAUGAACACAAAAAAUACAUGUCAGCACCAGCAGGAUUUCCAGUGGACACAAAACGCAAUGGUUCACCGACUGCUGAUUCGACUCAGUCACUGCCACUCUCUUCUGAGAUGGACACUUCACGGAAGCCUUUAGAUGGAAGAGAAAUGUUUCCCGAUCCGCAGGGAAUGAAAAAGAAAUGUGAUAGUGGUGAAAGAAUAGACUGUGGAGGAACGGAUGCUGGUGACCACAGCCAACAGGGAACAGGUUCUCAGCACCUCCGCUUGCAGAGACGAAAAAGAAAGACCCGGAAGUCUCUGGCACGCGAGAAACUGGAACAGACAUUCAAGGAGAAAGGUUUUCUUAUUCAAACACAACAACUAGAGUCAGCAGAAGGUGCUACAUACUGCAAAUUCCGCCAACUGCGCAAGUUCACUCGUUACUUGUUCCGCAGUUGGAAAGACUAUCUGCCUGGCAAUGUAAGGGAGAUGUCAGUAGCAGCAGGUGUUGCUGGACCAGGUGAUGGUUCCCCUCCACCCCCUGCAGAUUCUGAACUUGAGGGUGAAUUGUCAAGUAAUCCCCCAACACCUACUUCCACAACACAAUCUGCCCUCUUAGAAGACUCCUCACUACAACCUCCAACCACAUAGCUGUUGCAAUUGAUGGAGAAACAUUUAUCAGUACAAAAUGUAUUUCAAGAACUGGCUGUACGAACUUGUAAAGUUUUGUAUAGAGUUCAGACACAAAACAGAUGGGUAUGGAUAAUUCAUAUAAAUAAUUGCAAUGUUUCUGUGCUCUCAUAGAACCAUCUAUAUUAUAGAUGGCGCUAUGGCAUUACGUUUUUAUUGUGAGUGGGGUGGGACUAAGUCCCUUGUACUGCAGCCACUUCCGGCCUAUUGUACCAGCCCCAGAUGAUAGGUGAGAG